AUGGGUGCGGGGGGGGUGACGUCAGCGGGCAGCGGAGUGGGGAACUCCUCUGCGUGCCCGGCCGCUGCGCCGCUCGCCCCCGCGAGGACGGGCUCGCCUCGGCGCCUUCCCGCGCCGCUCGGCCGAGCGCUCCCCGCUCCGCUCAGCCCUCUGCUCCCCGCAGGGCAGUACCCGGUGCAGCCCCCCUACCCGGUGCAGUCCCCGGGCACCCCGGCCGUGUUCCCGCAGACCCUGCCGCUGCCCCAGCCGCCGCCCUACACGGACGCCCCCCCGGCUUAUUCCGAGCUCUACCGCCCCAGCUUCGUGCCCCUGGGAGCUGCCACCGUUCCCACGAUGUCCGCGGCGUAUCCGGGCGCUUCGGUGUUCCUGCCCGUGGCGCAGUCGGUGGCCRUGGGGCCCAUCGGCUCUUCGGUGCCCAUGGCCUAUUACCCGGUGGGUCCCGUCUACCCGCCGGGCUCCACGGUGCUCGUCGAAGGYGGCUUCGACCCCGGAGCCCGAUUUGGGGCUGGCGGCACAGCCAGUAUCCCUCCCCCGCCGCCCGGCUGUCCCCCCAACGGCGCCCAGCUGGCCGUGAUGCAGGGAGCCAACGUGGUGGUGACGCAGCGCAAGGGCAGCUUCUUCCUGGGCGGCUCAGACGGCGGCUACACCAUCUGGUGA